AUGAACCACUGCCGAGUGUUUCAUGUUGACAUGUCAGUCACUUUUGAUUACGAAGCAAUACGCGCGCUAAUUUGGGCUGUGAUGCUUUUCAUUGUCUUUUUCUUCAUCGUCAUUUUGUUUUUUUUUCUUUUUCUCCUUCUUCGUUGUUUUCUUCUUCUUCUCCAUCUUUUUUUCAUUGUCGUCGUUCUUGUCAUUUUCACUUUCUUCUUCUUAUUCUUCUUCUUCUUCUUCUUCUUCUUCUUCUUCUUCUUCUUCUUCUUCUUCUUCUUCCACACACUAUUAUUUUCCGAUUUCUAUUAUUUCCUUCUUCUGCCCCUCUCCUUUCACCGCUCGUCCUCUCUUUUCUUUCUUUCUUUCUUUCUUUCUUUCUUUCUUUCUUUCUUUCUUUCUUUCUUUCUUUCUUUCUUUCUCCUCCUUUUAUUCCCCCUCUUACUUUUCGUUGAUUCUAUCUUUCUCUCAUUAAUUCUACACUUUAUUCCUUUUCUCGCUUCCUUUUCCCGCUUUUUUUUUUUCUCUCCCAAUCUCUUUCUCCGUUUCUCUCUUUGA